AUGUACAGUUGCUCCAACGAUCAACUGGUAUACCCGCCAACAGCGUCCGGAUCGUCAGCUCCUUCAUCAUCCUCAUCCUCAGCGGUUUUAGCAGUUUCUGGCUGUUCGGAGAAGCCAACGACUCUACAUCUCUCCUCAUCGCCCUACGAGAACUACUUCUAUUCCGACUGCCAUAGCGCAAGCCAGUUGGUGGUGACGAGCCCACAGCCGGAAAGCGACCUCGAGAUCAUUGUACCACGUUUGUUGGUCGCAUGGGCUGCUGGUGACUCGGGUCUCCUUGCCUUCUUUGCGCCUAAGAACGGCGUCAAUGGAUCUCUGAGCAUCGAGGUGUUGAAUGAUACGUCGGACGAGCCAUUGUCGGGCGUAUAUGAGCAACCAUCCAAUGGAUCCUCCAGCGGCAAUCCGGUGGUUGGCAUUAGCACGCUCGUCCAUUUCAACUCAUCCGCGGUCUUGACUGUCCCGAUUCUCGGAAGCAUAAGGAUGAUGCGCGACUUUGUCGAAGGACCAAGCCUACUGUAUCCCGAGAUCCAGGAUCCGAUCAGGUUCGCGUCAACGCAAGACAAUGGCGCACGUCUAUCACGCCGAUGGCUUGACAACCAGACCACUACGGAAAUGACGUUCAGGCCACGCUCCGGUGGUGCUUCUGCCAAAGUGGGAAACAGGACAGUGGAUCUCGAAGCUGGCACAUACGAGUUUACGGCAACCUUUGACUAUCCGCAGCUUGGACAGCUGAGUGCGUCUGAGGUGCUGGAUUCAGAGUCUCAAGAUCUCAUAAUCACAAACACCGAUCAGACGAAAUCACUUUCAUUCUUGUCGUACACAGAUAAGCUGCUGGCGGGGGCCUGGCGGUUCUUGACGUACUUUGGCCGCGACAGCAUGAUCACUCUACUCCUCAUGCAGCCCGUCCUGUCACAAGGUGAAGGCGGUGCGGUAGAAGCUGUGAUCGGGGCUGUUCUCGAACGGAUCAAUAAGACGGAGGGUACGGUGUGCCACGAAGAAACCAUUGGCGAUUACGCAACAUAUCAAAACCUUCAGAUGAACAUUAGUAGUACGGACCCCAUAUGCUCGUACAUCAUGAUUGACAGCAACUACUACCUCCCAAUCGUCAUGGAGAACUACUUCCUAAAGACAGCUACCGGCAGGAAUCGAAAGGAGGCUUUCUUCGCUCAAGAGUCAACCCUAGACUUUGGCAAUCAAGGACUGUCAUACGAGGAGCUGGCGUUGCGUAAUGCCGAAGAAGUGGUGCGGUCAGCUGCUGCAUUCGCUGCAGAGGGAGGCCAGACGAAGCAGAAUCUUGUUCACCUAGAGCCCGACCAGGUUGUUGGCGAGUGGCGAGAUUCAGAGUUUGGCAUAGGAGGUGGCCGCAUCCCGUACGAUGUUAACACUGCCCUCGUGCCUGCAGCUCUCCGGUCGAUCGCGGCACUGUCUGAGGCAGGAUUCUUCCCUGAGCAUCCGGACUGGGCGACGACAGCAGCUGAGUAUGCUGAAGUCUGGGAGGAUAACUCUCUUCACUUCUUCGAACAGACUGUACCUCAAGCGGAGGCCAAGUCGCUCGUUCAGAGCUACGCUUCCGAUGCCGGCUACGGCUUUCCGUCGCAAGCCGACGAGAUCACCUCAGAUGUCGUCUACCAUGGCCUGGCAUUGAAUGGGAACAACGGUCAGGAAGUCGUCAAAGUGAUGAACUCAGACGACAGCUUCAGGCUGUUCAUGCUCAACACCACCAACCAGGAACAGCUCACGAGCUUCCUAAACCAGUCAGCGACAAACAUCCGGACGCCGUUCCCAGCAGGUCUCUCGACCCCUGUGGGAGUGCUGGUAGCCAACCCAGCCUACGGCGGCCAACAAGUCUACGCAGCCAACUGGACAAAUGACGCCUACCAUGGCACCGUAGUAUGGGGCUGGCCUCUGGCUAUGCUGGGAGCAGGUCUGCAACGCCAGCUCCAGCGGUGCUCGUCAUCUGCUCAUCCAGAUUUCUGCAGCGACGACUCGGUAUACACGAACGUGCUGGCGGCGUACAACCAUCUGUGGGACCUCAUUGAUGCGAACCGGGAGCACUUGAGCUUGGAGGUCUGGAGCUGGCAGUAUCGCGACGGUGGCUUCGACUUUGUCGACUUUGGUUCGCUGACGCCGACGGAGAGUGACAUUGUGCAGUUAUGGUCGUUGACGUUUUUGGCCAUUACAAGGGAUGAGUCGCUUCGCUGA